CAAACAAGCGCCUCUCCAAACACGGGGAGGGUGGGAGUGGUAUCAGUGUGACACACUCGCCAAACGUCAACAAUGUGAAAAGAAGGUUCUUUGACUGCGGUGUGAGAGGUUAAACCGAGAUGGCCGCCCGCCGUGUCCCACUAGUCUUGUUAGCCUGCGGCUCAUUUAAUCCAAUCACCAACCAGCACAUGAGGCUGUUCGAGCUGGCCAGAGACCACAUGCACAGCACAGGCCAGUACCAAGUGGUGGGUGGCAUUGUGUCCCCAGUGAGUGACAGCUAUGGAAAGCAAGGCCUAGUACUGGCUAAGCAUCGUGUUGCUAUGGCAGAGCUGGCGCUUCAGAGCUCCAACUGGGUCACAGUUGAUGAAUGGGAGAGCCAGCAGCCAGACUGGAUGGAGACAGUGGUCACUAUGAGGUAUCAUUACGGGCGUAUUCUGAAGGAGUAUGAGCGGAGCGUGGGAAUGCACAACAACUCGAAUCUGUCUCCCCAGCUGAAGCUUCUGUGUGGGGCAGAUUUCCUAGACACCUUCAAGAUCCCCGGCUUGUGGCGGGACGACCACGUCGAGGAGCUGGUCGGGCAUUUUGGCCUCGUCUGCGUCAGUCGAGGGGAGCUGCAGCCCGAGCGGGCCGUGCACGAGUCGGACCUGCUGUCCCACCGCAGGCACAACAUUUUCCACGUGAGGGAGUGGGUGAAGAACGAGACGAGCGCCACGGAGGUCCGCCGGGCACUGAGACGGGGUCUGAGUGUGAAGUACUUGCUUCCAGACUCUGUGAUAGAAUAUAUUCACCGACACAACCUUUACACAGAAGACAGCGAGAUGAGAAAUAAGAGCGCGGUGCUGAGGCCACUCGUUAAGCAGGCACAGGAGCCGGUAAAGAGUCUAGACGAAUGUCCACAACAGACCUCCUCAUUCUCUGGAAGUGAAGAAACCAGCAGAGGAACAGCCAACAUGGUCCCUAAUCUGACCGGAUAUUGGAAAAUGAUUUCCAAUGAUAACUUCGAGGAGUAUCUGAAAGCUCUGGAUGUAAACAUUGCCAUCAGGAAAAUUGCCACCUUGCUGAAGCCUGACAAGGACAUCGUUCACGAGGGCGACCACAUAAUCAUCAAGACUCUCAGCACCUUCAAAAACUACAACAUGGAUUUCUACGUGGGCCAAGAGUUUGAGGAGGAUCUGUCUGGAGUGGACGACAGGAAAUGCAUGACCACCAUCACCUGGGAGGGGGACAGGCUGGUGUGUGUGCAGAAGGGAGAGAUCGAAGGGAGAGGCUGGACCCACUGGGUGGAGGGAGAUGAGCUUCAUCUGUUGCACUCUGCCCCCGUGCCCCCCACUCAUAUAAAAGCAAGAGGACACCCUGCCUCUUCCCCCCUCCCUACACUCUUCAGUCACAUGUCAGCUUCACCAGCUGCAGCCAUGCCAGCAGACUUUAGUGGAAAAUGGAUACUGGAAUCCAGUGAGAAAUUUGAGGAUUACUUGAAAGUACUGAAUAUUGACUUUGCUACAAGGAAAAUUGCCAUCUCCCUAUCUCAGACCAAAGUGGUUUUCCAAGAUGGGGACAAGUUUGACUUAAAAACACUGAGCACCUUUAGGAAUUAUGAGCUGGCCUUCACUGUAGGGGUGGAGUUUGAUGAGUACACCAAGGGACUAGACAACAGAAAUGUCAAGAGUCUGGUGAAGUGGGAUGGGGACAAGCUUGUGUGCACUCAGAAAGGCGAGAAGGCCAACCGUGGCUGGAAGCACUGGACUGAAGGAGACAAACUCUACCUGGAGCUGACAUGUGAAGGUGUAGUUUGUCGUCAGGUGUUCAAGAGAAAAGAAUAAUAAAGUCAAUGCUUCUAAAUGAACGUGACAUGUUUUGUUAAAUAUAUGAGCAGAAUGAAUCGAUGAAUAAAGAUGCUUUGC